CACUCCUUUCACUCAACAUGGCUAUCGACCGACGACCGCAAGAUUCUAUGAAGUCCACCUGGCGUGGCGAUGAGAAGCAAUGGGGAUUCUCACACAAGUUCCUCAUCUGGCUCGACGCCUUCCAUACUGUUCCAGGCCAGGAGCCUCCUAUCCACGCGAAGACCGACAAGAUGCCGGUAUUAUCCGAAUGGUCAUGCCACGUCUGGAUCUUAUUACACGCCAUCUGGCCGAUGCUCCUUCAGCAGGCCUACAUCUCGUGGACCGGCUACGAUUUCCACCCUUUUGCCGUGUACUUCUUGUACACCAUGGCCAUGCAGAUCAACUCCAUUCACGAAGUCAAGAUUCUCCGCCGACUCGGAUACAAGUAUGGCUACCUCGACGGCGACAAGCACGCCCGGGAUGAGGUCCCAGAUGUUGGUGUCAACAAGGUGUUCGCAUCACUGCAAUUGACCACCUCGAUUCGGCCAAUGAUGACCAUGCUCUUUGCCUACCGACGCCGCGGAGGCAUGCAACUCAGCUGGUGGCUUCCGGUCGAGUUGGCGCUCUACUCAGUCGUUCUCGAUGGAUUCUUCUACGCGUAUCAUCGAGCUUGCCACGAAUUGGACUACCUCUGGCAAUAUCACCGCACUCACCACUUGACCAAGCACCCCAACCCGAUGCUAUCAUCCUACGCCGAUCACGAGCAAGAGUUUUUGGAGAUCGCCCUCAUCCCGUUUCUCACCUGGGCCGUGUUGAAGUACGCCUUCCAACUGCCGAUGGGCUUCCACGACUGGUGGAUUUGCCACGAAUAUGUCAUCUUCUCGGAGGCUUUUGGCCACAGCGGAUUGAGGAUCUACUCCACCACGACGAGUGCUGCGUCGCCGUUCUUGAAGGCAUUCGGUUGUGAGCUGGCGGUUGAGGACCAUGAUCUUCAUCACCGGAGAGGCUGGAAGAAGAGCUCGAACUAUGGCAAGCAGACUCGACUGUGGGAUGUGCUUUUUGGCACGACGGGACAGCGGAUUGAGAUUACACCUGAGACGAUCGAUCACAGUGCGACAUUCAACAUGCCGCUGUUAUGA